AUGUCCUCUACACAUUCUUCGAAGUCGAAGCCGUAUACACUUAACGAAUGUUCGAUUUGUUUGAGUGCUCUGAAACAAGGUGCACCAAUUCUUACGCUAUCGUGUGAGCACAAAUACCAUUUUCAAUGUUUAAUGUUAAGUAUCCGAGCACAACAUAAACAAUGUCCAUUAUGCCGAGCGACAAUUGACGAAUCAAUUGUUCAAUUGAUAGCUGCGAAUCGUAAUAAUACUAGUUAUCAUAGUUCACGAUCUUCAUCUGAUAAUUUACUUGGAUCAAACGUUGAAUCAUCGUCUGGUCUUCCGACAAUUUCCGUAACUCCCCGACUUGAAUAUAAAGGACAAUCAUCGGAAAGACCAUCGAAUAUCUAUGGACUUGUCACACUCCAAGCAAAUUCGACAGGACACCGUUCUUCGUCAUCGUCGUCUCGUGUACCAAUUGAUCUUAUUUGUGUUGUUGAUCAGAGUGCAUCGAUGUCCGGAGCUAAAAUGAUUCUAUUGAAAGAAACGCUGACUUACAUUACCGAACAAUUGACUGACCGUGAUCGAUUAGCCAUUGUUUCAUUUGAUAAUCAUGCUUAUGAUCGAUCGCACGGAUUGAAGCAAAUGACUGAGCAAAAUAAACAUAGAUUACAUCGAGUAAUUAAACACGAUCUUGAAGACGGAUUUAGUACGAACAUCAAAUGUGGAUUGGAAAUGGCAAUUCGUCUAUUUCGAAAUCGGCAAGGGGAAAAUCCGAUCAGUGCAUUAUUCUUGCUCACUGAUGGGCAAGAUGAUGAGAUUCAAGAUUAUUCGCAAACUAUGAGACAGGUACCUGCGAAUGUCGUUUGCCAUACUUUUGGUUAUGGACCAGAUCAUGCUGCAGCUUUACUAGUGAAAAUAGCUGAAUCUGGUAAUGAUGGAACUUUCACCUAUAUUGAUAAGUACGACGCUAUUGGUCCUGCAUUUGCUAUUGCACUGGCUGGUCUGUUGACAUGUGUAGCGCAAAAUAUUCGUGUUGAGAUUGAAUUCAACGACGGAUAUCAAAUAACUCAUGCUCAUUCUAUAUACAAAUAUGAGCCUGAACGUUUACCAUCGUCAAGAAUUACAUUCAAACUAAACAAUCUCAAUGCGGAUGAAAAACGAAAUCUCAUCUUCCAAUUAUCUGUACCGAGUUUGAGGGGACAAACUUCGUUACAGGAUCAUGUCAUCGGUAUGUUUAUCACAUCGUACAAAGACAAAAAAAUAUGUAGUUAUCUUUCGUCGCCAGGUCAUGUUUCAGUCCGAUACGUUGAACCAAAUACCAAUCGCACAUUGACAACGACGCCAGCGCCCUUUCAUCUAAUUCGAAGAUCUCCUAUGUCUGCAGAAUAUUUACAAGUCGAUCAUACUUUAGAUGUUCAACGCAAUCGAAUUGAAACUGCUCUUGUUCUACGACAGGCUAUGGAAGAACACGACUACAAUCUAUCGAAAGCUUUACUCAAAGCACAAGUUGAUAGAAUAAAAGCUAGUGCAUCAGCGCAAGAUCCAUUUUGCAGACAAUUAAUUCGCGAUCUAGAACAUCCUUACUCAACAGAAAACGACUAUCGUUCGACGCAUCACAAUAUUUACAUGCAACAUGCAACAGAGCGUGGGACUUAUUCAUCUGCAAGUAGUUCUAGUGCGCACGUCUACUCAAAUCCGAACCACUUAAGCCAAAUUCAAAAUUACCAAAGACAAAAUGAAGUAUCAUUUGACUUUUAA